ACCUCUGCAUACUGGUGAAGCACAAAUUACUCCAAAAAUAUUCAUAUAGAGACAUUUUACAACCCCUUAUCGAUGAUCUUAAGACUUUAUACACUGAUGGGCUCUGGAUCUCCUUGAAUCAGCAACAUAUAAAUUUAAAGUGCACUCUAGCUACUGUUUCAGCAGAUAAUUUAUCAGCGCAUAGCUUGGCAGGAUUCACCUGCUGUUUUAGCAGUGGACGUGUGUGCAGAUUUUGCAUGGUCACCUAUAAGUGCUUGAAGUCCCAUGUGAAUGAAGACAAACUUAUAAUCCGAUCCUCUCAGGUGCACAAGUACCAUCUGGAAGCACUCAAGGAGAGUAGUGAGGUUUCUAAACAGACAUAUGGUGUGGUCAGCAAAUGUCCAUUUAGUGAGCUGGACUACUUUGAUGUUACAAGAGCAUUUCCACCUGACUUGAUGCAUGAUUUCUUGGAGGGCAUUGUACCUGUUGUGAUUUGUCACGUCAUCAAGGCAUUACAUUCCAUGCAUAUCGUCUCACUGACCGACAUCAAUGCUGAGUUAGAUGCUUUCAAAAUAGGAAGGAACGACAGGAGCAACAUCCCACAGCAGUUAUCUCAAAGUGUCUUAAAACAGACCAGACUACAAGGGUCUGCAGCACAGAAUUGGUGCCUCUUCAGGAUUUUGCCAUUUCUUAUAGGACAUUAUAUCCCACAAGGUGAGGUCCACUGGGAUAUUUACCUGAAGUGUCGAGCGAUAGGCAAAGUAAUAUUUUCCCCCUCCAUAAGGAAGGGGGUAAUCCCUCUUCUCUGUCAACAAAUAGGUGAAUUCCUUUCUGAUUUCCAGUCUGCAUUCCCCGAGACUUUCACCCCCAAGCUUCACUUCCUCAUACACUAUCCCCGUCUGAUUCUAGAAUUUGGCCCCUUGAAACCGCUGUGGUGCAUGAGAUUUGAGGGAAAGCACCAGUAUUUUAAAAGAUUAUCCCGAAACACCUGUAAUUAUAAAAACCUGUGCUACACCCUCUCUAAAAGACACCAGUUAAGACAGUGCUGGGAACUCCAAUCACUAGAUGUACUCCAUCAGAGCAACUACACUGAGGGAGAGCGACUUGUUCCAUUCCGGGCUUUGUCAUUGGACAUCCAGGAAGGAGUGAGUAGAAAAAGUGGGAUUGUGGACAUCCCUAGUGAGGAGAAACUAAGUGUGGUCAGCUCCCUCCUAACCAACAAUAUCAAAUAUACUGUAGAUGACAACUUCAUUAUAGAUUCUGUGGAAGAGGAUAUUCCUGUCUUUGUAAAGAUUGCCAAGAUUGUCCAGUUUAGGGGUGUUUGGAUGAUAUUUGGACAGUUGUUGAUUCCCAAAGCGUUUGACAGACAUUACCAUGCCUUCAAACUGGAGGACCAGAGAACUUGGAUUGUUGUUCAUCCAGGGGAGGAGAAAGAUUAUCACGCUCUUGACUCUUACGUUUAUGAUGACAACUUAUUUAUCACACUGCAUCACAGUGUGCAAAGUUAAAGAACAGGACAUUGAUGGGGAGACACUCCUGGGCCUGACUGAAAGGAUGGUGGAGAAACGUUUCCCUUUAAUGAAGUCACAGGUGAUGUUUAUGAAGGAGCUGAAUAAAUUAAGAAACUCCCAGAACUCCCAGUCGUUCCCAGAACAGUAAGUAACAAGAACCCCCUGCGUCUUAUAUGACCCAACCAUGGCCAGCAGUAUUCAGUCUGCCAACCUUCCCUCCUGAACUGCAAGCUGCUCUCCAGAGGAAAGAUCCUGCCUUUAAAAAGAAGGACAAAUCACAUAUACGGGCAUUAUUGAUUCAAGUGCUGUUUGAUAAUGUCACUAAACACACUUGGUAUCCCAGUCACAAAAUGUAUGGAGAUGUCCUGGGGAGUUUGAUUACAAAAUUUCCAUUCUUAAGAGAUGGCAGUUCAUCUGGACAUGAGACAUUGCUAGAGCGCCUCCGUAACAAAUUCAAGAAGGAAAGGAUUCCACUUGUGCACAACUCCACAGUCCUCCAAAUGAAAAAAAACUGGCAAAAAGGAGAGCAGAAUUACUGGAUUAUUCAGCAUCACACAGUCACUCCAGUUCCUCGCUUGAGGUUUUAGAGCUGGAAGCAGUUGGAGAGGAUGACACCAGUUAUCAAGAGCACCUGAAUUUCAUCUUAAGGGAGUUGGCCAAGAAGCAACCAAAUUUGGCAGAAAUUAAAAUCAGGAUGAGGAGAACGCUAUUUAAGCGCAUUGAAGCAAUGACUCUCCCAACAAAGAAAGUCAUGGAGAUUUUUCCAUUUCUUGGCAUCCCACAGCUAAUGCAUCAUGAGAUGCAAAUGAAAUUUGGGAUAGACAUGGACAGGAGCUUGCAAACUGCAAUACACGAGUUGGCCCCAAGAAUCAUCAGGGUGGUGAAGGAGGGCAGCCAGAAAAGGUUUUCACCCUCCCUCCUUGAGCCAACAAAUGAGAGAUUAGAAGAUGCUGCACUGCUGUUGCUGCCGGAACUCUUCAAGGAGAAAACAGAGUUUUUAUACUCUGUUGAAGAUGAAGUCCACCCCUGCCCAACUGUCGUUUUCCAUGGCUCCCUCAAUGUGCUCAAGGCAGACACCAUCAGCAUCAGGCUCGAUGGACUAACAUUAACCACUGGGAAAAUGAGCAUAGCCGAGGCACUCGAGUACCUCUUCAGCACUUAUUUCCUGUUCAAUGUAUCAUAUCCCGCCCCUCUUGUAAAUACUUUAACAUUCAUUCAGAUAUUUUUAUUCCAACUCUGUCCUAACAAGAAAAAAAUCCCCAUCCCUGUUCUUAAAAUGUACAACCAUUUUAUGUAAUUUGAUUAAAUAUCCCCUUUAUUCCCUCGAUAAAUUAUAUCUUUCUAUCUUUCUUUCUUUUUUCUUAUACUGUAGCUUGUUACAAUAAACACAUUUGUUACUUUUUAAAA